CACUCUUUCAGUGCUAACUUCAGCUUAAAGCCUUAAAACCAUACAGAACACCAUUCAAAAUUUUGGCUCUAUCAUACAUUGCAGCAAGCUAGCUAGCUAUGCCUGCAGUUACCAAAAUGAUGAACGGUCCUGAUGAAGAAGUUGAGCUGAGGAGAGGACCAUGGACGCUUGAGGAAGACAAUAUGCUCAGCCAGUACAUUUCCCGUCACGGCGAAGGCCGCUGGAAUCUUUUAGCCAAAUGUGCAGGGCUGAAGAGAACUGGAAAAAGCUGUCGGUUGAGGUGGUUGAAUUAUUUGAAACCUGAUGUUAAGAGGGGAAACCUUACCCCACAAGAACAGCUCUUGAUCCUUGAACUCCACUCUAAGUGGGGCAACAGGUGGUCAAAAAUUGCACAACAUCUACCAGGAAGAACAGACAAUGAAAUCAAGAACUACUGGAGAACAAGAGUGCAAAAACAAGCACGCCAACUUAAGGUCGACUCUAACAGCCAGAACUUCCUCGAAACAAUUCGCUGUUUAUGGAUGCCGAGACUGCUUGAGAAGAGGGAUCAAACUGCCUCUCCUUCUCAAUGUUCUUCCUCCUAUUCAACAGUAAUGAACUCCACAAUUCCCUUAUCCCCACUACCCAAUAACCAGGACCCUCUUUCAUCGUUUCCUUCACCUGGCAUAGUGACAGAAGGUUUCAACCAUAGCAUGGAAAAUUCUACCUCAGCCGUCAGUCCAAGUGUAUCAUCAUCACAUCCCUUGCAAAAUUUACAGCUGCCUGAAAUUUCAGAACACCCAACAAGCCCUCAUGCCUUUGGCAACAUUUUCUUCAACCAAUUUCUGAGUGGCAAUAAUUGUGGGAACAGUAGCAGCUGUGACAUGGGAGAUUACAACCUGGCUAUGAUGUCAGCAAUGGGGGAUUAUGACAUGCCAUUCUCUGAUAGCCACAUGGCAGAAGGCGAUUGGGCUAGUGACGACCUAUGGAACAUGGAUGAACUCUGGCAAUUUAGGAAGUUAGAAUAGAUAAGAAACUAGAGUUUAGUAUUGAAGGCUCCACCCACUGUUCAUCUUGACAGAGACAUGACAAAAUAAUCAGUUUAGUUUCUACUACAUUUGUUCAAGUAAUAUAAUUUAUAAUUUAAGGCUAUAAUAGAUGUGACCUUCUAUGGUGAAUUUUUAACUGAUUUGUGCAGAGGAGGUGAUUUAUUCUCUGUAAUGAGGUUAUCGACCCUGGAAGGCAGUGUGUGUUGAUGGAGACUAUCUUUCUUUCUUACUAGGUUGUUGUCAGUGCAUUUCUUAUGCGAAAUAAAAUAAUAAUAAUAAGUAUUUGCAUCUUGACA